AAAUCAUCAAAGUGCAAUAUAAAAAUGGUUGCAUUCUCAAAUUCCUAAUUUAACUACNAACAGUUGAUCUACUGAAGUUAACUCCACAAUCUUCUACCUCCCAAUAUCAAAACCCUAAAAUAAACACAAGAAAUAUAUAUGGAAAUGAAAAAAAUAAUUCACCAUUUCAGCUCUCAUCCGUGAUCCACUCACCAAAAAUCCCUCUUUUUUCGCUUUUAUUUUUUUAUUUUUAUUAUUUUCAGGACAAGAAAAGAAAGUUAAAGGAAGGCGAGGUAAGAUAUGAGCUCCCUUUCAUCAAUACAGACCAGUUAAUGGAGCUUAGCAGGAAAGACCAUGAGGAAGAAAACCCACAUUGCUGAAAAGAAUUUGCUGCAAUGGGGAAGGCAGAGGACGAGCUUAAUUUGCCGAGUACAACGGUCGAUGCGCAGGGUACAGGCUCCAGUGCUGGGAGCAGUAGCGGGUGCUGUUUGGGUUGCAGUGGGUUUUCUAAAUUGGUGAGCUUGAGAUGUGUGUUUGUGUUGUUGCUGGGUUUUGCGGUGCUUUUGUCUGCGAUAUUUUGGCUGCCGAUUUUUCGAUUUGGGCACCAUAAAGAUCUGGAUCUGGACUAUGGAGGUCAUGAUAUAGUGGCAAGUUUUGUUCUGAGAAAGCCAGCUUCUUUUCUUCAAGACCAUGUCAUGCAACUCGAGAAUGAUAUUUUCGAUGAGAUGAGCUUCGCCUCUACUAAAGUUGAAAUAGUAUCCUUAAAACCAUCUGCCGCUCCAAACGUAACAAAGGUUGUGUUUGCAGUCGAGUCAGACGUGACUACCCGGAGUUUAAUCAGAGCCUCUUUUUUGUCCAUGAUUACUCGCCAAUCACCUCUUCAUUUGACCGAAUCUUUGUUCGGCAAUCCUUUUGAAUUUGACGUGCUCAGAUUCAAGGGAGGGCUUACCGUCAGCCCCGAGCAGAAGGCAUUCCUUAUGCAAAACGUUCAGAUCCUUUUCAACUUCACUUUAAACUUCUCGAUCGAUGAAAUCCUAGUCAAUUUCGAGGAACUCCGAAGUCAACUGAACACAGGCCUACAUCUGGCUCCAUACGAGAAUCUGUACAUACGCUUGACCAAUCUGAAGGGCUCAACCGUAAUUCCACCCACAACCAUUCAAGCCCAAGUCCUCCUAGCCGUGGGCAUCAAUGCCUCACAAUCGAGGUUAAAGCAGCUUGCUCAAACCAUAACCGGGUCCCACACUAAGAAUCUUGGCCUUGACAACUCGGUUUUUGGACGAGUCAAGCAAGUUAGCCUCUCGUCCGUACUUCAGCACUCGCUCGGUGGAGAUGCCCGCGGGCCCGCCACAUCACCUUCUCCUUCUCCUAUGCCGCCAGCUCAUCACCACGGCGACCACCACCACAUAACUGUUCCCGAGCCUACAAUAUCACCUUCGCCAUCGACAGGUCAUAAUCGGGGUUCACCUGCGCCUGCGCCUAUUCCUAUACACAAACGCGCGGGGAAUAAAAAACCACUUUCACCGCCGCCGCUGCCAGCCUGUCAAUAUGGUCGUGGUCAUACGUGGAAGCACAAUGGGCGUCGCCACGUGGCGCCUUCUUAUUCGCCGGAUUACGGGCCGACUCCUAGUCAGUCGCAACAUAGGAGGAAAUAUUCCCCGCCUCUCAAACGGGCUCCAUUUUAUGGGGCAAGCCCGCCUGGCGGUGGUCACGGUCAUGGUCAUCAUCACAGCCAUCCGCCAUCGAGGAGUGUGUCUCGUGUAAGGCCAUCGAAUGUGAUGCCGAUAGUUUCAUCACCUUCGCCGUCUCCAUGUAACCUCUGCAGGUAUCUUAUCCUCCAACAUACUGGCCUUGCUGCUGGCCAUAUUAGUUGUACUGCUGCUUUUGUAGUUGAGCAGAAAACGAGAAGCAUCAUUUUGUGAUGGGAAAAACUUCACAAAACUACGCUUCUCUGAGUUGUACCCGCUCACAAAACGAGCAGCUGAAAGGAAUUUUGCUUGGUGAGAGUUAAUGCAAAAAACGAACAGUUCUCACCGUUGAUUGGAUAAAGAAAAAAAAAAAAAGUCUUUGUGUUUGUAAAUAUUUCGAUUGAAAAAGUUUCGGGGCAGGCGAAAAUGCACCAAGGUCAAAGUCUCAGAGGUGACGGGCCCUGUGUUGACAUUGCAAUGCCUCUAAGCUGUGUAUGAUAUAUUAAUUUUCUUCGAUAAAUCGAAGAAGGGGAAAAAUCUACAAAUGUAUAAACAUCACCCUUUUGUUCUCUAAUGUCUUACAAGCCCACAAUCAAUGGUAUUGUUCGCCGUAUGUGAUACUUUGGUUGAUUGUAUUUCACGUUAUGUGUGAGAUAUUGUGAAGCAAAUUGGCCUAUAAAGUUGUUGUCUUUGUGCUAUGAUGACUAAUUAUCAAGUCAUGUUCUAUUUUUUCCAACAUAUAUAAUGCUUCC